AUGCCGUCACCAGCCGCAACCCUCGCUGAUCCCACCUCCCUCAAAUGCGCCGCCUGUAGCUGCCACCGCAACUUUCACCGCCGGGUUUCGGUAUCUUCUUCCGAAGAAGAAAUCGAAUGCUUCACCUCGGCGCCUCACACGCUGCUCGCUCUCAGCCGCAACGAAAGGCCGUCGGCGACGAGAAAGCGAUUUAGGUCGAAAUUUAGCGCGGAGCAAAAGGGCAAAAUGAUGGAGCUGUCGGAGAGGCUUGGGUGGAGGUUGCAGAAGAGGGAUGAGGGUUUGGUGGAGGAGUAUUGCAGAGAUAUUGGGGUGGAGAAAGGGGUUUUUAAGGUAUGGAUGCAUAAUAAUAAGUAUCAGUUGCUUAGGGUUUUGAGGAGAGGGGAGGGGAGGAGUAAUGUCGCGGGCGAUGGGGGUGGCGGAGGUGGGCGGAUGGUUGAGGGUAAUGGAAUGAGCGGCGAUGUUGAUGGAAAUGUGAUGAAUGGUUCUUUUUCUUCGUCUUGA